AUGGCGCACCAGCACCUCGUGCUCGCGCUGCUGCUGCUCACGGUCACCAUCUCGGCGACCGCCGUGACUACAGCGAAUGGCGCGACGCUCGUUAUCAGCAACGCCGACCGUAGCCUGACGGUCGACAAUUACACCAUCUACGGCCAAAACAUUUACGACAACGAAACCGGCGUCCAAGUCAAGCCGACGAAGAACCCCGACGGGUCGCUCACGAUGGAGGGCAAGUACACGUGGUACCCGAACGGCACCAUCGCCGCGCCUGGUGUGACUAUAUACAUCGCCGGCGCGGCCAGCUUCGUGGAAAUCGCGAACACGAAGCUGUACGGCAAGGGCGGCAUUGCGCGAAACGCGGCGACGGGCGCGGUAAUUCCGUGGGUUGAGAGUCCUGACGGCUCGUUCACCGCCGGCGACAUCACCGGCUGGGCGAACGGCACGUUUGUCGGCUCCAAUGGCGUCGUGCUGCGAACACGCCUCUCGUUCAACCCGACGGGCGGAUCGGAUAGCGGUGGAAGCACCGGCGCCGGCGGAGGCACCGGCAGCGGCGGAGGCACCGGCGGCGGCGGAGGCACCGGCGGCGGCGGAGGCACCGGCGGUGGCGGAGGCAUCGGCGGCGGCGGAGGCACCGGCGGCGGCGGAGGCACCGGCGGCGGCGGAGGCACCGGCGGCGGCGGAGGCACCGGCGGCGGCGGAGGCACCGGCGGCGGCGGAGGCACCGGCGGCGGCGGAGGCACCGGCGGCGGCGGAGGCACCGGCGGCGGCGGAGGCACCGGCGGCGGCGGAGGCACCGGCGGCGGCGGAGGCACCGGCGGCGGCGGAGGCACCGGCGGCGGCGGAGGCACCGGCGGCGGCGGCGGAGGCAGCUUGAACCCUGACGGCAGUGUGUCGCUGGGCGCGGACUACAAGGUGCUGCCCAACGGCACGGUGGUGGACGCAGCAGGCAAACCCGUCAAGCCCGUCGCCAAUCCCGACGGGUCGUUCACCGUCGGUGGCAAGUACACCGCCUUCCCCAACGGCACCAUUGUGGGCCCCGGCAGGUCGGUGGUAGAGAGCGGCAAGAAAUUUGCUGUCAAUCCAGAUGGCACCAUUGCUGUCACUCCCGACCCCAGCAGCACCAACCUGACUGUCAACCCCGAUGGCAGCCUGACCUUCGGACCCGGCUACACUAUGUUACCUAACGGCCUGGUGGUCGACUCCACUGGAGCUUUCGUCACUCCUAUUGUCAACCCGGAUGGGUCGAAUUCUGUUGCCGGUGACUACACGGCGUACACCAAUGGCACGGUCACUGCUCCUGGUGUUUCCAUCGCCACUGUCUCCUAUGUGCCUGAAUACACAAUUGGCGCCACGACGAUGCUGGACAAUGGCACAGUGCUGGACGCGGCUGGAAAGACGAUCAAGCCGACGGCGAAUGCAGACGGGUCGUUCACAGCGGGUGACAUCACAGGGUUUCCGAAUGGCACGAUUGUGGGCGCCAACGGUGCCGUGGUCAACACUGGCAAGCAGUUCGCCGUUGCCCCUGAUGGCACCAUCGCCGUCACCUCUCCUGCGCCUGGCUCCAACCCUGCACCUGGCUCCAUCCCUGGUCCCAUUCCGUCUGACCCCAGCAGCACCAAUCUGACGUUCAACCCCGAUGGCAGCCUGUCUUUCGGGCCCGGCUACACCAUGCUGGCAAACGGCACGGUGGUUGACUCCUCUGGAGCCCCUGUUGCUCCCAUUCGCAAUCCGGAUGGGUCCUACUCCGUCGGCGCUGGCUACACUGCCUACACCAACGGCACGCUCGCAGCUCCCGGUGUUGCCAUUGAUCGCGUCGGCGCGCCUGGGUAUACGAUAGGCAGCACGAAGAUGCUGGCCAAUGGCACGGUGCUGGACGCGGCUGGAGUGCCGAUCACGCCGACGGAUAAUGGGGAUGGGUCGUUCACAGCGGGCGAGCUGACAGGGUAUGAGAACGGCACACUUGUGGGCGCCAACGGUGCCGUGGUCAACACCGGCAAGCAGUUCACCAUCAACCCUGAUGGCACCAUCACUGUCACAUCUGCUGCCCCUGGUUCCAUCCCCGCGCCUGGCUCUGCCCCUGCACCUGGCUCUGAGGCUGCACCUGGCUCUGAGGCUGCACCUGGCUCUGCCCCUGCACCUGGCUCUGAAACUGCACCUGGGUCUGAAACUGCACCUGGGUCUGAAACUGCACCUGGGUCUGAAACUGCACCUGGGUCUGAAACUGCACCUGGCUCUGUUCCUGCGCCUGGGUCCGAGACUUCGCCUGGCUCAGAGGCUGCACCUGGCUCAGAGGCUGCACCUGGCUCAGAGGCUGCACCUGGCUCUGAGACUGCACCUGGCUCGAACCCUGCACCUGGGUCCAGCCCCGGUCCCACUCCCUCCGACCCCAGCGGCACCAGGCUGACGUUCAACCCGGACAACACCUUAUCAUUCGGGCCCGGCUACACUCUCUUGGCCGACGGCACAGUCACUGACUCCACUGGCGCCGCUGUCUCUCCCACUCGCAAUCCCGAUGGCUCCUUCACUGUCGGCGGCGACUACACUACCUACCCCAAUGGCACGCUCACUGCUCCUGGUGUUGCUGUCAGCAUGGCCGGCACGACAGGAGUCACAAUUGGCAGCACGACGAUGCUGGCCAAUGGCACGGUGCUGGACGCGGCGGGAGCGCCCAUUGUUCCCACGGAUAACGGAGACGGGUCGUUCACAGCGGGUGACAUCACAGGGUAUGAGAACGGCACACUUAUGGGCACCAACGGUGCUGUGGUCAACACUGGCAAGCAGUUCGCCGUUACCCCCGAUGGCACCAUCACCGUCGGCGCCCCUGGCUCUGCCCCUGCGCCUGGCUCCCUCCCUGGCCCCGUUCCUUCCCCCGGCCCCCCUCCUUCCAGCGGCGGCAGCGUGACGUUCAACUCCGAUGGCAGCCUGUCGUUUGGACCCGGCUACACUCGCUUCCCCAACGGCACGGUUGUGGACUCCGCCGGUGCGCUCGUCCCCCCUACCAAGAACACAGACGGGUCUGUCUCCGUGGGCGGAGACUACACCUUCUAUCCCAACAACACCUUCACUGCACCCGGCCUCUCCUUUGCUCAGACCGGCGGGCGGCUCACCAUUGGAGCCACAACAAUCCUGGCCAAUGGCACGGUGCUGGAUGGAGCAGGGCAGGCGAUUCAGCCAGUUGUGAACUCGGAUGGAUCGGCAGCGACGGCGGGAGAUCUGACGGUGUACAGCAACAGCACGAUCACCGGGACAAACGGUGCGGCUGUGAGCACCUUCAGAAUGACCACCAUCAGCCCCGAUGGCACCAUCACCUUUGGCGACGUCACUCCCAGCCCCAGCACCCCCCCUGCAUCUCCUACUCCCUCCUCCGCUACUCCAUCCUCCGCAGCUGCCGCACCGCCACCACCCAAGCCUGCUGGCUCUCUUGCUCCACCAGUCACUGUCUUGGCCACCGCCAUCACUGUUGCGCUCAGCUCCCUGCUCUUUGUGUAG